CCGACACCACAAAGAAAACCUCCCCCCUUCUUUCAAGCUUCAACGUCAAGCACGCAGUUUCGUCAGUCUGCAGUGCUAGAAGAGUGAAACCAUGGUGAAUAAGAAGGUGGGGAUACCUAUGAAGCCAGCGGCGAAGGAGCUGAAGAGCCGGCGGCAGAGUAACGUCGAGCGUUCUUCAUUAUUCGCCCGCCGCGAGGCUGCUAAGGUCUUGAGGAGCGUAUUACAUGGAGACACUCAGCGUAGAGCCGUUGGCUCCAUCAAAACCCUCGUUUACAGUCCUUCCAUCAGGAACAAGAAAGCUACAUUUGCUUUAGUCUGUCAAACCUUAAAAUAUCUUGCGGUCAUCAAGGAUGUAUUGGAGAUUGCUAAUGUGUUAAACAGCAAAUGGAAGAGGCAAGGGGAAUUGAUGUACAUAAUUACCUAUGACAUUCUUUUUGGACAGGAUGCAUCUCUAACAGGAGAUGCAGAAAAAUAUCUCAUCCUCAGGAAAGGUCCACUACAAUCAGCUCKUGCAAAGAUUUUAGYAAGGAAGGGAGCAAAAAAUGUAGAAGAUUUGAUGGCUCAAUAUCAGAUUCCUGAUGUUAAGAAACCUCGCUUUGUCCGUGUUAAUACUCUGAAACUGGAUGUUGAAACUGCUGUGUGUGAACUAGGCAAAGAGAAUGAGGUUCAUAAGGAUGACAUGAUUCCUGAUUUAUUGGCUCUCCCACCUGGUACUGAUUUGCACAAUCAUCCUUUGGUCAUAGAUGGGAGUAUUUUUAUGCAAGGUAAGGCAAGCUCCAUGGUAGCAGUUGCCCUUGGGCCUAAAUCAGGAUGGGAGGUUAUUGAUGCAUGUGCAGCCCCUGGAAACAAAACUGUACACCUUGCUGCUCUUAUGAAGGGAGAGGRAAAAAUUGUUGCUUGUGAACUUAACAAGGAUAGAGUUAAACGUUUGGAACACACCACGAAGUUGGCGGGCGCUGCUAAUGUGGAAGUUUUACACGAGGACUUCUUGAACUUGAAUCCCAAAGAUCAAUUGUAUUCCAAGGUCCGUGCCAUACUUUUAGACCCUUCAUGUUCUGGAUCUGGGACCGCUGCUGAUAGAUUGGAUUAUCUGCUCCCGUCACAUACUUCAGGUGAUGGUGAUGACAUAAGCCGACUCAUCAAACUUGCUGCUUUCCAGGAGAAGGCACUAAUUCAUGCAUUAUCUUUUCCAGCAGUGGAGAGAGUGGUCUACAGCACAUGUUCUGUUCACCAAAUUGAGAAUGAGGAUGUCAUCAAAUCAGUCCUACCUCUUGCUGAAUCUUAUGGUUUUCAACUGGCAACCCCAUUUCCAAAAUGGCCUCGUCGUGGUCUCCCGGUUGUUGAAGGAUCACAACAUUUACUCCGAACGGAUCCUGUGGAAGAUAAAGAGGGCUUCUUCAUUGCAUUAUUCACAAGGAACACCAAUCAUUUUCCUGCAAGUCCUCAGAGAGACAUUUCUCCAGAGGAAGGAACACACGAAGCUGGUAGAAGAUGUCAUCGCCGGAAAAAGUUUGCAAGAUCGCUCCCAUUUGCCAAGAUUUCCGGAUUUUAUCUGCAUAGAAAUUCAACGAUCCGCAGAAGGUAAUUCUCAAUUUUGUUUACAACACAUUUUGACAGAUGUUCUCUUUACCCCCAAAAGGUUGAGAAUAUGUAAUCAUGUUUUAGGAUCAUUGUUGAUCUGCAAAUUUUGAACCAACGAUCAUAACUCCUUUUUUUGGUUAUUAC